AUGGUCCAAGAAAUCUCUAUCUUAGAACACACAGCCACCCUGGCCAAGUAUAUGGACUUGAACCAGAACGGCAAGGUGAUUGCCGAGUACGUCUGGAUUGACGGUUCUGGCGAUAUGAGAUCCAAGGCUAGAACCUUGUCCAAGAAAGUCACUGAUGUGUCCGAGCUGCCAGAGUGGAACUUUGACGGUUCGUCCACCGGCCAAGCCCCAGGCCACAACUCCGAUGUCUACCUCAGACCGGUCGCUUUCUACCCAGACCCAUUCAGAAAGGGCGACAACAUUAUUGUCUUGACUGAGUGCUGGAACAACGACGGAACUCCAAACAAGUUCAACCACAGACAUGAGUGCAACAAGCUCAUGACCGCCCACGCCUCCGAAGAAAUCUGGUUUGGUUUGGAACAAGAAUACACUUUGUUGGACCCUGUUGAUGGCUCUAUCUACGGAUGGCCAAAGGGAGGUUUCCCAGCCCCACAAGGACCAUACUACUGUGGUGUUGGUACCGGUAAGGUGUUUGCCAGAGACGUUAUCGAGGCCCACUACAGAGCCUGCUUGCAUGCCGGUGUCACUAUUUCCGGUAUCAACGCCGAGGUGAUGCCUUCCCAAUGGGAGUUCCAGGUUGGACCUUGCGAAGGUAUCAAGAUGGGUGACGAGCUGUGGAUGGCCAGAUACUUGCUCAACAAGGUCGCUGAGGAGUUUGGUGUCAAGGUCACCUUCCAUCCAAAGCCUCUCAAGGGAGACUGGAACGGUGCUGGAUGCCAUACCAACGUUUCUACUGCCUCGAUGAGAGUUCCAGGCGGUAUGAAGGCCAUCGAGUCCGCCAUCGAGAAACUGUCCAAGAGACACGCCGAGCACAUUGCUCUGUACGGUGACGACAACGACCUCAGAUUGACCGGUAAGCACGAGACCGCUUCUAUGGAGUCCUUCUCGUACGGUGUUGCUAACAGAGGUGCUUCUGUCAGAAUUCCAAGAUCUGUUCAAGCUGAAGGUUACGGAUACUUUGAGGACAGAAGACCAGCUUCCAACAUUGAUCCAUACUUGGUUACCGGUAUCAUGGUGGAAACUGUCUGCGGUUCUAUUCCUGACGCCGACAUGACCAAGGAGUACCAAAGACAAUCCGCCUAG